AGUGGAAUAUUUUUUGCCAUUUGUAUCGUCAUAGCAUUGGUGGUAAUUUUUAGUUUUGCAAGCUCUCUUGCUGUUAGUCCAAACUAUGAGGGACUGAAACGUUUCCUCAAAUGUUUUUCGAUUUAUAACAACGUCACUUCAAUCUAUAACACAAAUUCAUCAGCAAACAGUAUCAAUUCAAUAAACGGCAUAAGAUCGUUGAUAUGCCUGUGGGUAUUGCUCAUCCAUUGCGGUUUCUUUACUAUGUACGCCUAUGAUAAUCUGCCUGCACUAAUGGCUUCUUUGGAACGUAUUGCAUUUCAACCGAUUUUCGCCAUCGUAUUCUACGUCGAUGUAUUUUUUGUGUUAAGUGCAUUGCUUUUGGUGUAUAACUUCCUCAAAGAUGAACGAACAUUGACUGAAGUCAGAAGCAACAGUUGCAUUGGAAAUGUGAAACUAUUCUUCAAGAAAAUCAUUCAUCGUUACAUAAGACUUACACCGGCCUUUAUUUUCACUGCUGGAGUGGGUCACAUAUUGUCUAUUUAUAUACAAGAAUCUUCGAGUUUUUACAUCGAUGAAUCGUUUGAUGCUUAUUGUACACCUUCGGCGUUUUGGAAUAGUGUGUCUUACAUACACAAUUUUGUUGAGGUGAAAGAUAUUUGCAUAUCAUGGUCAUGGUACCUAGCCUGUGACAUGCAAUUUUAUGUAUUCAUUCUGUUCAUUCUGUUCGUAUACGCCAGGAAACCAACAUUUGGAGUAACCAUAUUUCUUGCACUAUUAGCAGUUCUCACAACAAUUGAAAUUUACCUAAAUGUGGAUAUGAAUGUACUACCCAGAUUAGACUCAAUAUUCUACCAUCUCUUUGACUUCUACAGUCAACCAUGGAAUCGCAUGCAUCCAUAUUUAGCGGGUUGCACUGUGGGUUACGCCAUGUUCCAAAUAAAAGACAAAAAAUAUCCAAAAAAUUGGUACACAACAGUUUCCUAUUGGACUGUAACCGGGACGAUCAUGAUCGGAACACUUUUCCUCACAUCGUUUAAAGAAACUCCAGCUUUCAAUUUUGCGGUGGCUUUGUCUGUCGGACGUUAUGCAAUGGGUUUAUUUGCUGGUUCGUGGGUUGUCAUGUGCCAUAUUGGAUAUGGUGGCAUUGUAAAUACAAUUUUAUCGAGCCGAUUUUUCGUACAUCUCAACAAAGUAUCGUACAUUAUGUACCUGAUACAUCCCAUACUCAUCUUGCUCUUAAAUAGUACGCAAGAAUCUAGUCCCCAUUUUGAUGUACCGAGCUUAACGACAACUGCAUUCGGCGUUAUGCUGCUCAGCUAUGUUGCGGCCGUUAUUAUCUCACCAGUUUUUGAGUUGCCCUUUCAAAAACUGUCCGAUGAAUACGUUAUGAAGAAACCGAAAACGUAA